AAUUCAUCCUAGAGAGAGAGAGACCUUGGCAUUUGUCUCUACAGCUUUACCGUUUUUCAUCAUCAUCAGCAUUCAGUAGCCUCUCUGCAUUUCCUUCUCUCUCCACCUAAAAUCCAUAAUUUUUGCUUCUCUCUGUUCGGAAAUCUUCCAUUUCUCUCCCAUCCGUCAAAAGAUGCAACGGAGAAGAGGAUGAGCGGAGGUGAAGUUUGAAGAUAGAAUCACUGCUUUUGAUUCGGUUUUUCGUGAAGGUAAGCUCCGGAUUAAAGUUUAUUAGUUACUUCCUCUACAUUUUAUGUACUUUAAAGCAACGUAAAAUUGGACGCACACACCGAAAAUCCCUAGAUUCUGCGUGCUGCCAAAAAUACUAUCGAGUGAUACGUUAAUGCAAGGCGGGAGGUUUCCUGAAUUUCAAUGAGGUUGGUGCAGAAAUGGUGGACCGGUGGAGCAGGGUAGUUUUAAUUUUUGUAGCUUCAUUUUGCUUUCUGUUUGUGCAUACGUUGGAGCAGCAAUUGUUGGUGUCAAGGCAAGAGAGAUUGGCUCUGAUUCAAUUGAGAUCUUCGUUAGGGUUGAGAGCGAGGUAUUGGCCUAUUAAAUCUGACCCGUGCACUUCAUGGGCGGGUAUACAAUGCACCAAUGGAAGGGUUACAGGAAUAAAUAUAUCAGGGUUCAGGAGAACUCGGAGGGGAAGUCUAAAUCCUCAAUUUUCAGUGGAUGCACUCCGGAAUUUGACCCUGUUAUCCUCGCUCAACGCCUCGAAUUUUGUGUUGGCGGGGCCGAUCCCUGACUGGUUCGGGUUGCAGCUGCCUUCACUCCAAGUGCUUGAUCUUAGGUUUUGUCUUAUCAACGGUGCUAUUCCAUUGACUAUUGGCAAUUUGAGCAGUGUAAUCGAAUUGUAUUUGUCGGAUAACAACAUUACAGGUGUGGUUCCACCUAGCUUAGGCCAGUUGGUUGGGAUUUCCGUGCUUGACCUUUCGCGGAAUUCCCUCACUGGCUCCAUUCCGACUACAUUUGGUGAUCUUCGAAAUCUCACUGUGCUGGAUAUGUCAACGAAUUUCUUGUCUGGAGCGAUCCCUGCUGGCAUUGCGACUUUGUCUAGGUUGCAGUUAUUGAAUCUUUCAGCAAACAGCUUGUCGUCUUCGAUACCUGCUCAACUCGGUGAUCUUUCUGGUCUCGUUGAGCUUGAUCUAGGGUUUAACUCUCUGUCGGGGUCAGUGCCUGCGGAUUUGAGAGGGUUGAGAAGUUUGCGACGAAUGGUGCUAGGGAACAAUUUUCUUUCAGGGUUGCUGCCUGCUGAUUUGUUUGCUUCUUUGACUCAGUUGCAGUUUUUAGUAUUGACUCAUAAUGGCUUUAGUGGGGAACUUCCGGAAGCGUUGUGGUCAAUUCCCUCACUGCAGCUCCUUGAUGUGUCCGUGAAUAACUUUACUGGUUUGCUGCCCAAUGUGAGUUCCACCGCUAAGGCCACUGCCGCCUUAUUUAACGUUUCUCUGAAUUUAUUAUACGGAACUCUUACAUCUGUAAUUGGAAUGUUUAAUUUCACGGACUUGGCGGGUAACUAUUUUGAGGGUCCAGUUCCAAUCUAUGCACGCGGCAAAACAUUUCUUAGUAGGAAUUGCCUUCAAAGUGUGGCUGAUCAGAGGGUUGCAACAGAUUGUGCCUCAUUCUAUGCUGAUAGGAACCUGACAUUUGAUAAUUUUGGAGAGCCUAAGACCACUCAACCUACAGCUUCUCCAGAGUCCAAAAAUAAGAGCCACAAGUCAGUUGUCAUUUUAGCUUCUGUCUUGGGAAGUGUUGGGCUUCUUGCAAUUGUGAUAUCGAUUGUUGUACUUCUGAUUAUAUGCAAGCGAAAGGGAGCGACAACAAAUCAAAGGAGUAAUGGCGUGGGGCCUGAUCCUGCUGGUGGCAGUUCACCACCCCCGGUAGUCUUACUGAACUUUUCAACACUGGGUGAUGCAUUUACAUACCAACAAAUUCUUCAAGCUUCUGGUGAAUUCAAUGACACAAAUCUUAUCAAGCAUGGUCAUUCUGGUGAUCUCUUUUCUGGGAAACUUGAAGGUGGAAUCCCUGUAAUUAUAAAAAAGGUAGAUUUGCAGUCAUCAGUCAAAAGGGAAACAUAUACGUCAGAGUUGGAAAUUUUCAGCAAGGUUUCCCAUCCUAGACUAGCCCCUCUCUUGGGGCAUUGUUUGGAGAAUGAGAAUGAGAAGUUUCUUGUUUACAAACGCAUGCCAAAUGGGGACCUGUCCAGUUCUUUGUUCAAGAAAAGAAAACCAGAUGAUGAUAGUUUACAAUCAUUGGACUGGAUAACCAGACUUAAAAUUGCAAUAGGAGCUGCUGAAGGUCUGUCUUACUUGCAUCAAGAAUGUACUCCGCCACUUGUUCACAGGGACAUUCAAGCCAGCAGCAUCCUGCUUGAUGAUAAAUAUGAAGUACGGUUGGGAAGCUUAAGUGAGGUUUGUGCUCAAGAAGGAGACUUUCAUCAAAAUAGGAUCACAAGAUUGCUACGAUUCUCCCAGACUUCGAACCAAGCUGCAUCAGGUUCAGGUACGCCUAAUGCAACGUGUGCCUAUGAUGUAUACUGCUUCGGGAAGGUAUUGCUCGAGCUCGUGACUGGUAAGCUGGGCUUGAGUUCAUCCACCAACAUGACCACGAAGGAAUGGUUGGAAGCAACAUUACCGUACAUUAGCAUAUAUGACAAGGAACUAGUCACAAACAUCGUGGACCCUUCCUUGAUCAUUGAUGAGGAUCUCCUGGAAGAAGUAUGGGCAAUGGCAAUUGUGGCGAGGUCUUGCCUCAAUCCCAAGCCAACAAGGCGUCCCCUGAUGCGCUAUGUUCUCAAAGCAUUGGAAAAUCCUCUGAAGGUGGUAAGAGAAGAGCACUCUGCUUCUGCAAGGCUCAGAACCACAUCCUCUAGAGGUUCAUGGAAUGCUGCUGUAUUUGGGAGUUGGCGGCAGAGUUCUUCAGACGUGGCAGCUGCACCAGCAGCAGCCAGCGCCAUGUCCCAUAAAGCUGAAGGCGGCAACAGUUUCAAGCAGUCAGCAACGACAGGGUCUAUAGGGAGCGGGAGGAUUGGUUCGUCCUCAAACAGACGGCACUCGAAGGAAAUUGUCCCGGAACCUUUGGAUGUAGAGAGAGGAGGUGGGAAUUAGAGAGAGAAGGCGAGGUGAUAGAUGAUGAUUUUUGAAAUAAGACGGGAUGUUUUGGUGUGAGAUUUGGAGUCCCCUCCCAGACUGCCUUCCGUACAUUCUCCUAUCUUCGAAGUCGCUCUGGUAAUCAGUGAUGUGUUUGAUUCCCGCAAACAGAGUUGCUUACAGGUUUAGGAGAUUCUUUUCAUUUCUUUAGUUUUAUUAAUUAUCUGGGUGAGGUUUAACAGAGGGUGGGAAUUGAAUGGAGAGUGAUUGUUCGUGGCUUUGUUACUGCAUAUUUUUUAAUGGUUGUCGGAAUUGUACAUUAUUUUAUUGGACAUGGAGUUCCUGGGGACAAGGAGAAGGACGACAUUGUUGUCUGAAAUCUGAAUUAAUUUAUCAAUGGAAA